AUGACAUCCCCGUCAACCCGCCGCCUCCUCAAAGAAUCAACAGACAUCCACAAAAACCCCAGUCCCUACUUCACUGCCGCCCCAACCUCCGACAACAACCUGCACGACUGGCACUUCACCCUAACAGGACCCCCCAGUCCAACGCCCUACGCGCACGGCCUCUACCACGGCCGCAUAACCUUCCCACCAACAUACCCACUCCGGCCCCCUAGUUUCCGCUUCCUCACACCAUCGGGCCGGUUCGAGGUAAAUCGCGAGAUAUGCCUGAGUAUCUCGGGCCACCACGAGGAAACGUGGCAGCCGGCGUGGGGGGUGCGGACGGCGCUGCUGGCGAUUCGGAGCGAGAUUUUCGGCGCGGAGAGUCGCGGGCAGGUUGGGGGGAUGGAGGGGAGUGAGGCUGUUAGGAGGGAGUUUGCGAGGGAGAGUCGUGGGUGGGUUUGUAGGGAGUGUGGGGGGAGUAAUGAGGAGGUUAUGAAGGCUUGGUGGGGGGUUUGUAGGGAGAGAGGGGUUGAGGUUGAUGUUGAGGGGUGUGAGGGUUUUGCGAAGGAGGAGAAGAUGGAAGAGGAAGAGGAGGAGGGUGGGAAGAAGGAGGAUGAUGGUGAUGGGCAAAGCGGGACUGCUCCUGUUGAUGAGUCUGCGUCUACGCCAGCUCCUCAGGUCUCAACUUCGACCGUGUCUUCAGAGCCCCCAGCCCCGGUGUCUUCAGGGUCAUCAUCGACUCCGACAGUCGUCCCUUCAGCACCAUCAACUCAGUCCAAUAUCCGCCCUCGCCCAACACCAACAUCUCCUGCUCCUGCAGUUGCACCUCCUACUAUGGCCACGAGAACUGCAGCUGCUACCCCAUCCGAGCCCGCAAACAGUCCCUGGCUGGACCGCGCUAUUAUCGGCAUCGUCUUUGCCUUGAUUAUCCUAAUCACAAAGCGUGUUGUCAAUGUUGACGACCUGUAA